CCUGCCCUCCACCUUCCCCAUCGUCCUCCUCCUCCUCUUCUGAGUCUGCAAUCUCACUAAACACUCAAAAUCAACAAGAAGAAGCACAGCAGCAAUGAACUCCCUUCUAUACUCACCAAUCCCUUCUUCAAAAUCCAAGAAACCUAAACUAGAUUCUGAAUCAUCAUCUUUAACCCCAAAAUCUAAGCCUUCAAAAUCCAAGAAACCUAAACUAGAUUUUGAAUCAUCAUCUUUAACCCCAAAAUCUAAGCCUUCAAACUCAACAAUCGCCACACAAACCCCAACACAGCAAUCCCAACUCCCUUCCCGCCUCCGCAACCGCCGUGUCGCCCUCUCCUUAAAAGAAGUCCGUCACAUCGCCUCUCAAGACCAUGGAACCAAUCAAACCAAGUCCGCUCGAAGACAGAUCGCGUCUUGGCCUGAGGAUUCCACCACCGAUACCACCACCAGUAAACAACCCAAGCCCAGAAAGAAUCAGUCUCGUGAUGGGCACAAUAAAAUCCCCGAUAAGUAUGAAAUGCUGGGUGAGUUUUUUGAUAACUUGGAUAGCUCGAUCCGGUUGUUGCGUAUGAAGGGCUCGAUGUCUACUCUCUCUAACAUUUCCCCAAAAAUUGAGUCUUUAACAGACAGGAGGUUUACGCAUAAACAUUUGGCGCAAUUGAAGUAUAUUAUGCCAGAGGCAAUUGAGAUAAAGAGGGUGCUCAAGUUUGAUGAGCAAACCAGCUGUAUGAAGCCGGAUCUUCAAGUUACUGUAAAUGCUGAUGCAAUUCAAUGUGAUGAUGGCAAGUUGAAAACUGAAAGUGAGAAAAUAUAUUUAAGGAAGGUCUUCCGCUCAAGGCUUGUGGAUUUUUAUAGAGACCAUCCUCAGGGUGAUGAUAUUCCAGAGGAAAUGCUCCCAGAGCCAUUCAAUCGCUCCCCAUUGCUGGCAGGAACCCCAGCAAUUGAAGAAGAAAAACCAGCAAUGGCAUCACUUUUAUCCCGAAGUUUCAAGAGGCGCUUCUCCUCCCAAAAAGGUACAAAAAUUGAAGCAGAAAACAGCCUCCAAAGAUCAGUUUCCUCGGCUUUAGAGCCAUGCCCCAGCAAAAUCUCCUCCAAUGAGAGAACUAAUUAUUCUGCUCCAUCACCAGCCAAAGUGUCUUUCACACCUACCUGCAACCAAGAUUGUUUGUCUGCAACACCAAGCAAAGUGAAAGAUGCCAUGAAUGAUGGAGAUGAUUCUCCCAUAAAGAUGGCUAGUGACCAAUCAACUCCUGCAAAACUUGCCUUAACUCCAGCUGCAUUGAUAUCUACCACACCUGCAUUGCAUCAGCAUAAAAGAUGCACGAGCCCAUAUAAUGAUGGUUCUUCCAACUCACCAGACAAGCUUGCUAGGCGUCCACCCAGCAGGUCACUGAUAUUUGAAACUCCAGUGAAGCAUGCUAUGGAUGAACAAAGAGAGACAGGGGAUGUAUCAGAUGAUGAUGAUAUCUUGAAAAUUUUCCCUAAGAGUCUUCUGCAAUCGAUACAAGAGAAAGAACAGAAGGCUAAAGAGGAGCGAGAUCCUGCAAUCUCACAAGCAAAGAAGCGGCGGCAAAUGAUUGCCUGCCUUCCUAAGCUCUUCAACAAGAUUCAUUUCUUGUUUCAGUCAAUAAGACAAUCAGUUCUCACAAAAGAGGAGCUCAUACACAAGAUAAUUGCAAGCCACUCUGAUAUUGCUGAUAGAAGAGAAGUUGAUGAGCAGCUGAACUUGUUGCUUGAACUCGUUCCUGAAUGGAUAUCUGAGAAAUUGGCAUCUAGUGGGGACUUGCUCUUUCGCAUCAACAAAAUGUACAGUCCAGAAACUGUACGAGCACGACUUGAAGAAGCCAAGUGAGAAAGAGAACUCGAUGUCUUUUGAAAUCAUAGCAAGAAACAUGAUGAGGGACGGUGUCCAAAUUCUCCCACUUUUGUUGGCUAUUCCUGAAUGCCCUAAUUUAUGAUAUGCUAGCCAAUGUUUGUAUAAAAGUUUAAGGUAGUCUAGAUGUCUGUGAAUGAUUAAUUUGCUAACCAAAUUGCAAGAUAAUGAAUCCUCUUUUUUUGCAA